GCAACUAAAGGAGUUAAUCAAAAGAAGUGAAGGCAGAAAAGGAAACGGGACACUCUGGAAAUGGUGCAAGAGGAAAUCAGAAAGGGCCCUUGGACAGAACAAGAAGAUGUCCAACUGGUUUUAUGUGUGAACGUGUACGGUGAUCGCCGAUGGGAUUUCAUCUCUAAGGUUUCAGGUUUGAAAAGAACAGGUAAAAGUUGCAGGUUACGUUGGGUUAAUUACCUGCACCCUGGUCUGAAACGAGGCAAGAUGACUCCUCAUGAAGAGCGCCUUGUCCUUGAGCUUCACUCCAAGUGGGGAAAUAGAUGGUCAAGGAUUGCUCGUAAAUUACCUGGGAGGACUGAUAACGAGAUCAAGAACUACUGGAGAACCCAUAUGAGGAAGAAGGCUCAAGAGAGGAAAAAGGCUGCCAUAUCUCCCUCAUCAUCAUCAUCAUCAUCAUCAUCACCAUCAUUCUCCAACUGUUCCUCCUCAAUAUCCAACGGUAACAGCCCAAGUAUGGAAUCUGGGCCAAUCACUGAGACAAAGGAGCGAAGCUUUUAUGACACUGGAGGUCUUGAAAUGCUCACUGCCAAGGGAAACAAGACUGGUCAAGCAGAGGAAGAAAGGUUGCAGAAGGUGUAUUCCAUGGACGAAAUAUGGAAAGAUAUUGAGUUUUCUGACAGUGAUGCAAUUCAACCUGUGUAUGACGGUUACGGCGAAGGAGGCUGCAACUUCUCCAGUCAAACAAUGGCUUCUCCUGUGUGGGAUUAUUGCCCUGUCUCGCUGUGGAUGAUGGAUGAAGACGAGAGUAAGAUGUUUCCUCCCAUAAGCGAUCAAUUUUAUUCUUUUUACAACCAAGAGAGCACGAUUUUAACUGGCUAGCUAGAUGUUGAUUUAUUCCCUAGGUAUUUGUUGAUACAAUUUUAGCUGCUAUAUGGAAGCCUAACCUGUAUUUGUAUAGCAUGGGGUUGUCUGUCCAAACUACUUGAUGUGGUUCUCCUCAUUGAUCUCCCAGUCAAUGUAAACAUCUGAUGGGAACCAUAGUCAUGGGUCAGUGUCUGCUGUUCUGUGUUUUUUACUAUGUACCACUGGGAAGAGUUCAUAAGAAGCUCUUCAGGGGACUCAGAUUUCA